ACUUUCUCCAGUAAUUUGUCUCUGAUGAUAAUCUCAGAUCAUGUCAGUCUCAAAAGCACGUAAAUUAGCUAAACAUUUGUGGCUAUGCCAAGUUUUGUAUCUUUGCGGCAGCAGCAGCAGCCAAUAACAGCCAGCGUUCUCUGUGAGUUUGUUUCCGUUUCCCGUCUGUAGCUGGAUUUCUAACUUGCAGCCUCUCCCUGACCAGCCUCAGAACUGCGUUGAGCUGCAAUGAGCUCAUGAGUGUUUUAUUUUCACCCUAGCUUGGUAAAACCUCCCAGCGGUCACGCUGCGGCGCUGGGGAGACUCACUCAGUUCCUGGGCAGUUUGAAACUCUCGAUGCCUGAGGCUCGGCAAUGCCCUGGAGUACGGACCCUGAGCAAACCGAACUCAUGACGAGCCUGAGCGGAGCGGAGCGAAACAACCAGGCCAGCAACCAAAAUCUCUUGUAUUUAUGCCCUAGGCCCUUGCUGAGUUAUGAAGGAAAUUAGGUCACAAUAAAGUGGGACCUUCAGAGUGAUGUCUAUUGGACAGGAUGCCCACUUGCCUUUUUGUAGUGCCCUCCUCCCCCCAACCACUGGAUAUUUAACACCCUCUGGUCAAUAACCACUCACUAACCAGGAGCCCUGUGUCUGAACCUGAACUUAAGCUGCCAGGCAUGGAUUUUCCACUCUCUAUUUAAUAUGCCCAGUGGUACCUUGAUCCACUGGCAGUAUAGGCAGUCGGAGCAAUGGGUGUUCCCCCUUAUUGCUCAGGGACAAUGUGAACAGAGGAUAUAGUUAAUCCCUGGUCAGCUAGGAGCUGGGAGGAAAGAGCCACAGGGCAGAAUAUUCUGCAGAUAUUCUUUGAAAGAGGAGCUGGGCUUGAGGCGGCGACAGACAUAGUACCAUCCUGCAUCAACGACUGAAGGAGAAGGUUUAUGGCCACAAUGUUUCACAGAAAAUGCCAGCAGUCAUUAAUGUUGCCGGAAUAGACCUCGAAGAGCCUGAAGAUUCAACUCCUUCCUUACAUUCCAGCUCGGAGCAAGUCUGAGAGGUUUGCUUCAUGGGAUUAUACUGAGCUGGGAGCAGAUUGGUCUAAACGUCUUCACGUUGUCUCUCCGUUGCUGUGCUUUAAUUACAUUUAUCUCCAUUAACUGUGAAUGCUGACCAAACCCAUCAAUAUUUAAAUGAAGGAUAGCUGGACGCAAAUGCCGAAGAAAAAUGUCCAAGUUGUUUAUUUCCUCUAUCAGCUUGAAAAUUGCGUUAGGAGAGUUCUUAACAGACUGAAGAUUGAUCGCCCACAAACAGAGUCCAUUCAGGAGCUUUACUUCAGCAGCCAGCUCAAAACAGGGAGCUGAUAUGCAGGAGCAGAGUAAAAGAUAUUCCAAUCUGUAUUCUGGAUAUACGAGAGGGAUUCCAUCAGAAAGAUGGGAUGGCAGUGAGAUGUUCUCUCUCUUCUCUGAAUCUGUACAUUCCCCGUAUCGUACAUACCAGUCAGAAUCCUCACCACUUUCUGUAUCUCGAGAGUAUGAACCUGUUGGGAGGUCUGACCCGAACAUAAUGGCAUCUACUGAUGGGUUACCCCGGUCACUCAAACACCUGGAGGCUGAGAAACCCCUCAAGGGGAGGUGUCUGUCCACUGUGAGGUAUAGCACCUGCCUCGAUACGUCUGCUUUCUCUCAGUGUGUACCGAAAAGGAAAGCUACGUUAAGCUCACACGACAUCAAUGUGGGUAGAUAUACCUCACACGAUGUCAAUGUGGGAAGAUUUACCUCAUUGGGCCAAACUUCGACUGGCAGCCUUGGCACACCAGGCUGUACCCAUAAGGCGCUGCGUGAGAAAGAGGUCACGCCUUGUUUCUCAGAAUACUGCGCCAUGAGGCAAUCAGAUUCCUUCAGGGUGGUUCGAGACCGCACCUCCCCAGACUGGGACCCUGACGAGGAAUACCAAGCUCUACUCGAUUUUACAUAUCCCUUAAGACCAGGACACAUGAGCUCCAGGGACAACUUAGAUGACGAUGAUGACGACAUGACCUCUGACUCCUAUCUAAAGGAUUCAGGGAUUGUAGAUGACAGUCUAAUACCCUCCCUGUCAAAUACAUUAAUUACAAAUGCUUUGUCGUCACUGCCUACCUCCCAGCCUAACCCCAGCAGUGCUGCUAACAUCACCUGGGGCCAUCCUAGCUACAUAGAGGAUCACGUGUACACUCCAUAUUCUUCCUCCAGUUCCCUCCGCCUGCACAACCAGCCGUCCUAUUGGCUCUCCAGUCGAUCGCCUAAAGCUGGUAUUAAUCUAAACACCUUUCUGGAGAGUUCUACGAGGAAUAAGACAGAAAGCGUCAUGAACCGGGCCAAUCCUGACUGGGCAAAGGUCACUUCAGUUGUUGAUUCAAGUUUUCUUUCAAGCAGCUCAAACGAGGAAUUUUCCAAGCCCUUGCUCACAGGGAAAGAUCCUAAAGGCUUCACGUUAUCCAGGCAGAUCCUGCCCUUAGACAGAGAGUGGGACAGUGAGGAGGACUUUCUCACUCUCCCGUAUAAGCUGAAAGAAUUGGAAGCCUUGGCCCACCAACUGGAGAAGCUCUCUGUUCAUGUGGAGAGCAAGUCUGUCUUUGCAGCCAAUGGGAUGAGACUGGGCAUGGGCUGUCCAAGUGGCAGUACCGAGGGGAACCUCACCGUACAGAACAACACUGAGGCUGCUCAGUCAGACUGCCAACUGGGAAUUAGUCCCAGAAAUCAACCCAAGAAUCCACAGUGUGAAGAUAUAAUCGCCGAUUUAAAAAAGGCCAAUGAAUUUAUUCAAAAGUUGGGCACAUGGUCCAGUUCUCAACUGCUGUUCAACCAGCCCUUUGAACAAGUAGCUGAGAACAAUGACAGUCUGUUGGCUCACAUUCAGGUAAAAUGUUAUUUCUUUUCCAAGUUCUAUGUUUCAUUCAAAUACCUCACACGAGCAGAAUACAUCAAUCUUGUUUCUUGUUGGUAUAAACGUACUGGAUUGGGCAAGCUAGGAAACUAAACGUUAGUAUUUAGC